AUGCAGUUCUCAAAGACCAUCCUCCUUAUCGCCGCAGCCAUCAUCCCCUCCGUCAUGGCCGGAUGCAGUGGCGCCGCUCCUUACCAGGGAACUUGUUUGACGUGCACUUCCACCUGCCACGACAACUUUGGCGGACCUGAUCGCAUGUCCUCCCUCCAGCGCCCUGGCUGCAUGACGAACUGCCUUUUGCACUGCAACGACUGCAACUAG